GCAACCAGAAAUGAGACCUUUCGCAACCUACGAGUAUCUUCUAUGGCUGAGGCACCGACUCUGAGCAUUACUCUACUUGGCGCAGGACAAGAAGUAGGCCGGUCAUGUUGUGUGAUACAAUACAGGGGUAGGACCAUUGUCUGCGACGCGGGAGUACACCCAGCGUACAGUGGCAUUGCAUCCUUGCCGUUUGUAGAUGAAUUAGACUGGAGCACUGUAGAUGCACUACUAAUCACACAUUUCCAUUUGGACCAUGCUGCUGCUCUGACGUAUAUUACAGAAAAGACAAACUUUAGGGAUGGUAAGGGAAAGGUCUACAUGACUCACCCCACAAAAGCACUACACAAGUUUAUGAUGCAGGACUUCGUACGCAUGAGUUCUUCGACAUCCGACGCUCUUUUCUCGCCCCUUGAUCUUUCGAUGUCCCUCGCCUCAAUCAUCCCGGUCUCCGCACAUCAAGUUAUCUCUCCUUGCCCUGGUGUAACAUUUACGCCCUACCAUGCUGGUCACGUUCUGGGUGCUUGCAUGUUUCUGAUUGACAUUGCUGGUCUCAAAAUACUGUAUACUGGCGACUAUUCUCGGGAAGAAGAUCGACAUCUGGUCAAGGCGGAAGUUCCGCCAAUACACCCUGACGUUCUGAUUGUGGAAAGUACGUACGGCGUACAAACAUUAGAAGGACGAGAAGAAAAAGAAGCCAGAUUCACAAGUCUGGUUCAUUCAAUCAUCCGUCGUGGUGGACAUGUCCUUCUGCCAACGUUCGCUCUGGGCCGUGCACAAGAACUGUUACUAAUUUUAGACGAAUACUGGAAGAAACAUCCCGACCUUCACAGUGUUCCAGUCUACUACGCCUCUGCUCUUGCGAAGAAAUGUAUGGCAGUGUACCAAACAUAUAUUCAUACCAUGAAUGCCAAUGUACGCUCAAGAUUUGCCAAGCGUGAUAAUCCAUUCGUUUUCAAGUACAUCACCAAUGUUCCUCAAGCAAGAGGAUGGGAACGAAGAAUCGCGGAAGGCCCACCCUGUGUUGUCUUGGCUAGCCCUGGUUUCAUGACAUCGGGUCCAAGCCGAGAACUUCUCGAGCUGUGGGCGCCAGAUCCUCGGAACGGUCUCAUUGUGACAGGGUAUUCGGUGGAAGGCACGAUGGCAAGGGACAUCUUGAACGAACCGGAAGAAAUCGUCACUGCCAAAGGCGCUACCAUCCCGCGGAAACUUUCAGUCGAUUAUAUCUCCUUCAGUGCCCAUGUGGACUAUUCACAAAACUCCGAGUUCAUCGAGGCCGUGAAGGCUCAACAUAUCGUCUUGGUCCAUGGCGAACAGACGAAUAUGGGACGGCUGAGAGCUGCCAUGCAGGAUCGUUAUAAGAACAGAGAUGAGGAUGUAAAGAUUCAUACACCGCGUAACCUCGAAACUUUGGAGUUAUCGUUCCGCGGGGAGCGUGUUGCUAAGGCUAUUGGCACCUUGGCAUCGAAAGCGCCUCAACCGAAUGAUAUUCUCUCAGGUCUACUAGUAGCUAAAGACUACUCCUACACGCUCCUCGAUCCUCGGGACUUACGUGACUUCGCUGGUCUGACCACUUGCGUCGUGACGCAGCGACAGAAAAUCCAACUCGGUGUGGGUUGGGAUCUUGUCCGGUGGCACUUAGAGGGUAUGUAUGGGAAGAUUGAGGAAGGUAUGGAUAAGGAAGGUGUUCCUACUAUGCGGGUCAUGGGUGCCGUGGACGUCAAGCUGACCUCCGAACACGAGUUGACCCUUGAGUGGGACUCCAGUGCAAGCAACGACAUGAUUGCAGAUUCGACUCUCGCGCUCAUUACGGGAAUUGACAAGAGUCCUGCGUCUGUGAAAUUGACGAUUAAUGGACAUUCUCAUUCGCACGCACCAGAUCAACCUCAUCCGCAUGCAGACAUCGAGGACGACAAGGCGCAAGUCAUGCGGAUACAACGUUUGGCAAUGUUCCUCGAAGCCCAUUUCGGGGAAGUCGAGCUUCAUAUGCCCGAUGAGCCCAUGGACUCUGAACAGGGAGAGGAUCACCCACACCCUUCGCUUUUAGUGCGUCUGGAUGAAGCAGACGCGGUUAUUGACCUCAUGUCCCUGAUUGUGGAAAGUAAUCAUGAUGGCCUGCGGAGACGGGUGGAAGCAGUGAUGGACAUGGCACUCACAACUGUCAGUUCGCUGAAUGAGUCAUUUACUUCCGGUGUUCCUCUGCUAAGCGAGGAAGCUGAACAUGAACAUACUUCAUCGGAGAAGCUUGUCUCUGGGAAGCCUACGACUCUGGAAGUACCUGGACUAAAUGGCGAGGAAAUCAAGAAGGAUACCAAGCUACCGUCUACCGAAGCCGCUGAGGAGGAGGCGGGUGGACAGGUUGCUGGAGAGCAGAACUCAGAGCAGGAAGAGAAGAAAGACGAGGACAUGUUAGAGGUAACACAAAGUGACAAGCCACCCGAAACCGUCAGUAUCGAGGCGGACACAGAAUCAAAACCUACGGAGGUUCCUCAUAAGAAGGGCGAGAAGGCUGAAGAUGGCGGCGAGCAUAGUGAUUCAGGUUCUGAUGAUGAAGAUGACGCUAUUCUACAAGUACACGAUUGAGGUGACUGCGCUGCAACUUGUGACUUUAUUUCAUACUGUACAACUACUUUUUGUAAUAAUAUGCGAAGUUCAUGAGGGCCAAAGUGUUUCCUUGG